CCACCGGCCCCCGCGCUCUUGUGCGCCCUCCCGGCGAGAGUCGUCGUGCGCCUGCGCCCGGACGGGCGGCUGUCGUCGUUCCUUAUCCUUUCCCUCAAUUUUCCUCCUUUUUCCCGCUGCGGCUCCCUGGUCGGCGCUUGCGCAGAGAACUCAGCUCUGAGAUUGUCCAAAGCCGCAGGGAAAAUGGUGGAAAAUUCACCGUCGCCAUUGCCAGAAAGAGCGAUUUAUGGCUUUGUUCUUUUCUUAAGUUCUCAAUUUGGCUUCAUACUUUAUCUCGUGUGGGCUUUUGUUCCUGAAUCUUGGCUAAACUCCUUAGGCUUAACCUAUUGGCCUCAAAAAUACUGGGCAGUUGCAUUACCUGUGUAUCUCCUUAUUGCUAUAGUAAUUGGUUAUGUACUCUUAUUCGGAAUUAACAUGAUGAGUACCUCUCCACUCAACUCCAUUCAUACAAUCACAGAUAACUAUGCUAAAAAUCAACAGCAAAAGAAACGCCAAGAGGAGGCCAUCCCAGCAUUAAGAGAUAUUCCUAUUAGUGAAGUAAACCAAAUGUUCUUUCUUGCAACCAAAGAACUUUGUACCAAUAACUGAAUUGCAUGUAGACAUAUUAAUACUAAGCAUUUAUUUAUUAUAAGUUUUUGACAUCAUAAUUCUGACCAUAAUUUUUGACUGUCUCUCUUAUUGAGACAUUAAAAAUAUGUAAAUAGAUUUUCUCUUAUAUUAAGUUCAAUUAAUAUUGUCAGUGUUUUCAAA